AUGGCGCGCUGCCGCAGCGGGCAUCCUCCGCGGGCCGGGCCGGAACCGGAAUGGAAGAAGCCAUCCCCGUUCGGGGCGCUCGCCCGCCACGCGCAGCACGGCGGCAGCGAGUGUGCUCCUCGCUCAAUUGGUCCCACCUCGCCGUUUCGCGCGGGGUUCGCGGCGGAUAAAUCUCCCCCGCGCUCCGGCUCCCACCGCCGGGUCCGGGAGCGCGGGCCUGUCACUCCAGCUUCCUCGGAGGGUAAAGAGUUGGCGGGUCGCCAAUUCCUCAGACUCCCAAUCUGCAGGCCUGGAUAUGGCACAAAAGGAGGUCCAAUAAAGCUUCGUACAAACCACUUCAAAGUCUCAACCGACAGCAGAGAUAUUACCUUCUACCGCUACCAUGUGAAUCUGAAGUACGAAGAUGAUCAACCCGUUGCUCAGAAAGGUGUAGGCAGAAAAGUGAUAGAUAAGCUGCAGGAGACCUAUGCCUCGGAUCUGGAGAAUCUGAACUUUCUUGCUUAUGACGGUGAAAAGAGCCUGUUCACCAUUGGCGCCCUUCAGAAUGUUAGGGAUGUGUUUACAGUUGUAGUUGAGGAUGCUUCAUCUACAAAGACACCUGGAGGAGAUGGAAGUCCAGAGGGAAGUGACAUGAAAAGAAUGAAGCGGCUGAUGCGGGUGAAGACAUUUAAAGUGGAGUUGUCCUUUGCCGGAAAGGUCCCAUUGAGUGCCAUUACCAAGGCUAUAAGAAGCCAAGAAUCUGAUGACUAUCAGGAAGGUCUUCAGGUUCUUGAUAUCAUACUGAGGCAACACUCAGCAAGACAGGGUUGCCUUCUAGUUCGACAAUCCUUGUUCCACAGCCCCUCCAAGAUCAUCAAUUUGGGUGGUGGUGUUGUACCUUGUCCAGGAUUUCAUUCCAGCUUUCGACUCACUCAAAGUGGGCUUUUACUUAAUAUGUAUGUUUCUACAACGGUGAUUCUGGAACCCGGGCCUGUGACUAAUUUUAUAAUGUCUAGCCAGUAUAUCAACGAUACUCGCAGAAUUGACUGGGGCAAAGCAAAGCGUACAUUGAAGAAUUUGAGGAUCAAAACCACUCACACGAACUCUGAAUUCAAGAUUGUUGGCUUCAGUGAGAAGUUUUGUUUUGAACAGACGUUUCCUCUGAAGCAAAGAGAUGGUGAUACUGUGCAAGUUACGGUCUAUGAUUACUACCUGAAGCAUUGGGGUAUAAAACUGAAAGAUUCAAUUAGCUUCCCCUGCUUGAAUGUGGGGAACAGGCCAAAGCGUCCGACAUAUUUACCCAUAGAGCUAUGCAAUCUGGUUUCGCUGCAAAGGUACACAAAGGCUCUGACAGUGCCACAACGGUCCUCGCUCGUCCUGAAUUCCCGGCGUAACCCUAGUGAGAGGAAGUCAGACUUGUCUGUCGCUCUAAAGCUCAGUAACUAUAAUUCCGACAGCAUACUGCAGAAGUGUGGCAUCUCAAUAGCUCCAGAGUUUACUCAAGUUGAUGGUAGAUUCCUUCAUGCACCAAAGUUAAAAGCUGGGAGUGGCCGAGAUAUUUUUGUGUCUCAAGGGAAGUGGAACUUCAACAACAACAGGUUCAUUCUAGCUAGCACGGUAAACCGUUGGGUAGUUGUUGAUUUUUCUUCACGUUGUAAGAUUCCGGAUCUUGUUCGACGCCUCAUCCAAUGUGGAAAAGCUAAGGGAAUGCAAAUCGACCCUGAAGACGCGGUGAUUGGGGAGAACCCUAGAAUGAGACGGGCGCCUGCACAAAACAGGGUGAAAGACAUGUUUGACCAGAUAAAAAGAAGGUUUCCCAAGAAGCCACCAGCAUUUCUACUGUGUAUUCUUCCUGAGAGGAAGAACUGCGACAUUUAUGGGCCAUGGAAGCGGGCAUGUCUUGCGGACUUUGGCAUUGUCACACAAUGCUUAAGUCCUCCUCCAGUAAUUAACGAUCAGUAUGUCACUAAUUUGCUGCUGAAAAUAAAUGCUAAGCUUGGCGGGCUGAACUCGUUGCUGGAAAUGGAAGAGAAGCAUGCCAUACCUCUCGUGUCACGGGUUCCAACCAUGAUCCUUGGCAUGGAUGUUUCCCAUGGUUCACCACAACGUGAUUUGCCAUCCGUUGCUGCGGUUGUAAGUUCCUUGGAUUGGCCUCUCAUAUCAAGAUACAGAGCUCCUGUCUGCACCCAGUCACCUAGGCUAGAGAUGAUUGAGUCCUUGUUCAAGCAAGAGGGAGAUAAUGAUCGCGGCCUCAUUAGGGAGCUAAUAGAAGACUUUGGUAACAGCUGCAGAAAAUUGCCGCAACAAAUUAUCAUUUUCAGGGAUGGAGUCAGUGAGGGCCAGUUUACUCAGGUGCUGAACAAGGAGCUACCGCAAAUUAUUGAGGCAUGCAAGUUUCUCCAAGACGAUUGGUCCCCCAAGUUCAUGGUGAUCGUUGCGCAGAAGAAUCACCACACAAGGUUUUUCAGAGAUAGCAAUGAUGGGUCUAAUGUUCCUGCUGGUACUGUUGUGGACAAGGGAAUCUGCCACCACAGGGGCUAUGAUUUCUACAUGUGUGCUCACGCCGGCAGGAUUGGGACAAGGCCAACACAUUACCACGUGCUGUAUGACGAGAUCGGCUUCACUCCUGAUGACCUGGAGGAGCUCGUGCACUCCCUCUCUUAUGUGUACCAGAGGAGCACCUCAGCCAUAUCUGUCGUUGCUCCUGUGUACUACGCGCAUCUGGCGGCAGCGCAGGUGCGGCAGUUUGUCAAGUUGGAUGAGUCAUCAGAGACAGGAUCGUCGGCCAGCGGCGGUCCAGCACCUGUGCCAGAGCUGCCUCGGCUGAAUGACCGCGUCAGGUCCUCCAUGUUCUUCUGCUGAGUUGGGCGUGGAUGACCCGAUGAAAUUGCACGAGGACAGUCGACAGAUCGACCUUGGCUUUUGCUUUCCUUGAACAAACUUCGCUUUGGCGUUCAUAAACUCUGAAGGCUGGACUAUGCUUUUGAGUUUGGACCUGUAUGCUUCUGCUUGCUACCAUCAACUCGUUUAAUUGGACUUGGUCAAUUAGGACUA